GCGAGCGCGCGGCGGGAGCGGCCGAGGGCGCUCCGCGCGCCACACGUGGGAAUCAACCAGCAGAGGGUGCACAGGUUCGCUAGGAACCCUCAUUCCUGAGCUGUGUUUAGCGUAGAUGGCUUCCUCUUGAUGCUGAACUGUCUUGUGCAGAACACUUGGAGGAAAAAAGAACAAAGGCACAUCAGAGUAAAAGUAGUAGGUCUCUGAACAAAAUGAAUUUCAUUACAAAGUUUUCUGCUUUAUGUCUGAGGAAAAACAAGAUGCAGCAGAGGUACAGGAGUAGUAGACGACCAGCUGUUCCACUUGGAUCACGGAUUUUGACUGAUUCUUCCAAGGUUUUUGAGCAUAACAUGUGGGACCACAUGCACUGGUCACAAGAAGAGGAGCAGCAUGCCAAGGACAAAGCAGCGGAGAAUUCGCUUGUUAAAGUCCAAUUAGAAGACCAAGAUAAAUAUGAGAGAGAAGCCAGUAAAUAUUGGAAUGAAUUUUAUAAGACUCAUAAGAAUAACUUUUUCAAGGAUCGCAAUUGGUUGUUUCUGGAGUUCCCAGAAAUUCUUCCAGAAAAUAAGAGAGAACAGUUGAAAACAGAGGAAAAAUCUUCAGAACCCAUAAAAAUAAAUAUUACUAGCAGUUUUCUUCACAAGGAUUUUCCUGGAACAUUUGAGAAAGGAAAAGAAUACUUGGGGAAUAAUUAUGGGGAACACUCUACUUCUGUGCAACGACAAAAAUAUAGCAGAAAACAAGCAAAAUCUGUUACUCUGAAUCCUCAGGGUAAAGACUGUAGAGAAAAACUUGGCAAGCUAGAAUCCUUUCCUGGUAGUGGUGCUGCUUAUAGAGUGUUAGAGGUUGGUUGUGGUGCUGGAAAUAGUGUCUUUCCUAUUUUGAAAGUUCUAUGCAAUACACCUGGUACCUUUCUCUACUGUUGUGAUUUUGCUUCAGGAGCAGUGGAUCUGGUAAAGUCACAUUCGUCCUACAGUUCAGCCUGGUGUUUUGCCUUUGUUCAUGAUGUGUGUGAUGAUGCUUUACCCUAUCCUUUUCCUGAUGAGAUCCUGGAUGUCAUUCUCCUUGUCUUUGUGCUCUCUGCUAUUCAUCCUGACAGGAUGCAAAGAGUUGUAAAUAGGUUGGCUAAACUACUGAAACCUGGAGGAAUGUUGUUAUUUCGAGAUUAUGGAAGAUAUGAUAUGUCUCAACUUCGUUUUAAAAAAGGUCAUUGCUUGUCAGAAAAUUUUUAUGUACGAGGAGAUGGAACCAGAGUUUAUUUCUUUACCAAAGAUGAGGUAUGGAGCAUGUUCAGCUUGGCUGGAUUAACUGAAGUACAAAAUUUAGUUGAUCGGCGAUUACAAGUCAACAGAAAGAAAAAAGUCAAAAUGCAGCGAGUCUGGAUACAGAGCAAGUUCCAGAAACCAUUGCUGCUGCCUCUGAAUAAUCCUGAAGAAACAACCAAAAAGGACCCGUAUGGUUAAAUAUACCAUAACCUCCAGAAAUGGAAGCAAAUUUGAGUAUGUAUGUUCACUAUAAAUCUUGUAUUGGCUACUGAAAAGGAGAAAACUAUUGAACUAAGAACCCUUCCUUGAUGUUUUAUAAAUGUAUGUAUUUGAAAAUGAUCUUGAAAAAGUUGCUUUUCUAACUUCUGCUUUAUAUAAAGGGACAUACAUUAAUCUGCUCAAAACUAUGACCUUGAACUAUUUUACUGCCUUGAAUAUGAAUGCUUAAUAAAAAUUAGAAUGUAUCCAGUUUCUUGUUGAAAUUUGUGAUGUGUUAACAAGUAUUAUACUGAUUACAUUUCUUUCAGAAUUUUGGAGAAUGAGGAUAUA